AUUUACACUCCGAAUCACAAAUCAAGUCCUCUUCUUAAACCUCUCUCCGACUUCAUCCACUUGUUCCCCAAGGAACCUGAUUCCCUCUUAUUCCUUUUUCCAUCUUUGCUCAAGACGCUUUUCUUUUUCAAAUUCGAAAGAGUGAGAAGGGAAGUCUCUUUUCGGGUUUUUCGCGUGAGUUUCAGUGAUCAUGAGUGGGUUUUAGAGGAUUCGAGAGAAGGUUAGGAUGAAGAUUCAAUGCAAUGUCUGCGAAAUGGCUGAAGCCACCGUUCUGUGUUGUGCUGAUGAGGCGGCGCUGUGCUGGGCCUGCGAUGAGAACAUUCAUGCGGCCAACAAGCUCGCUAGCAAGCACCAGAGAGUUCCUCUCUCUGGUUCUUCGUCUCAGAUGCCCAGAUGCGACAUCUGCCAGGAAGCUAGUGGCUACAUCUUCUGUUUAGAGGAUCGAGCAUUAUUUUGCAGAAAGUGUGAUGUUGCAAUACACACAGCAAAUACUUGCGUAACAGGUCAUCAACGCUUUCUGCUCACUGGUGUGAAGGUCGCACUCGAGCCAACCGACCCUGUUCCCUGUUCUUCCAUAGCUAAUUCACAUUCUAGAGAGAUAUCAACCAAGACGAAAGUUAGACCACCGUCUGAUAAGGAAUUCUCGAUGCCUUCGUCUGGUGAACUCAGCAGAAGCCUGUCUGUUCAAGGCGGAUCUGAUGACUUCAUGACAAAUAGAACAUUGCUUACUGGAGAUUCUGCUUCUGGUGGCUUUUCACAAUGGCAAAUAGAUGAACUCAUUAAUCUGACUGGAUUCAAUCAGACUUGUGGGUUUAUGGAUAACGGAUCAUCCAAGCUUGGAUGCUUUUCUCCAUAUAUACACUAUACAACCUUCAAGAUUGAUAGGGACUGGAGAGAGACAGAACUAAUUCUUAGGCACGACACGCCGGUCAUGGGCGAGUUCUUGCAUGUUAUGAUAUUAUCCUAUCCUCAUAGAUUAACUGCAAAAAAGUGGACUGAUUGGAGGCUGAUAGUGGAAAGCUUGGGGAAUCCGACUCAUCACCAAGUUUGAGAGCUGCUGAUGUGGAACUCGACGAUGACGAUGAAUGCUCAGGUCACAUUCCAGAGGCUUCCUGGACUGUGCCUCAGGUUCCCUCCCCUCCCACAGCAUCUGGCUUGUACUGGCCAAGAAGUUACCAUAAUUCUAUGGAUGGUGCUGUUUUUGUUCCUGACAUCUGCUCUUCAGAAAGGUUUCGACAUUGCUCACGCAACGGUAUGUUCUCGAAACGAAGGAGGCAGUUUUAGAUGUCUGAACGCUGGCAUCAGACUUCAUUGCUUGUGUUCUGAACGUCUGCUCGGUUUGUUGUGUGUUUAUAGGCUUUCUCAACUACAUUUGUUUUAUAAUAAGUGGACACGACCAAAGAUCAUCGGUUGAAAUGUAUACCUUGUAACGUAGCCACUAUAGUUUAGGAUUUGUUACAAUGAUGUAGAAAUAAACCUGUGCAUUAGUUGACCUAGGUAUUUUUUCAGAUUUAUUUCCAACAUCAUAUGGAAAUGAUUAGAAUUCAAAUCAUGUUGACCCACUUGAUUAUUUGUAGUUUUACAAAAAUUAUGAAGAAUCAAUGUUAUGUCUUGGCCAUU